UCUUAAACUUACCAGAUUGUCUGUUAUGUUUGACAUCAUAUAUCUAUUUACUUUUUACCUGAGUAUGGACCCGUCUUAAUCUACCCAGAGCUUCAUAUGCUAGAAAACGUAUGUGUAUAACUGACAUAGAGCCCCAUCCCACCAGUCCUAUGUCCAUUGAAGCUGGUUUCUCUCAGAAGCUAGUCGUUGAGGCUAGAGAACUACAUAACUGAAUUGCCUCAUUCAGUAGCACAUAUAACUUGAUGUGGGACUUGGGACAUCACAUACUAUUUUUGGCGUGUUCAUUAACUGGCAUUGGCCACCCUUGGAAAGUUGAUAUCUAGGCAGCUAGACUUUGUGACAUUCACCAGGCCUUUUGCUGUUGCUUGGCGGGAACCUUAUACAAGUCGUGCUUUUUUGAGACAUGGACUACCAUUUUUGUACCAAGUGAUAGGCAUCCAAGUAGGGUGAAGAACCUUCCCCUAAAAUUUGGGAAAAUUUCUCUCGGUUGAGUACUCCAUUGAGCAAUAUAUGCUGCUUGAUUGGAGCUUACACAUGCCAUACUACCUUGGUCUCACAACUCUCCAUCAUUAUACCAGAAACAAUAAGAAUGUGAGAGUCAACCUAUAUUGUGAUAAAGAAAACUGAGUAAGGAGAAAUCCUACUGCAUAAUUUUGCUUCUUGACAUGGACCAGUGCAAUCCAGAACUGGAGUCAACAAAGUCCUUACAAAUCACUACAAAAAUAAACAAGGAAAUGGCUUCAAAAAAGAUGCCCUCUAGAACUGCCCAAAUUCGUCUCAUGAGUUCACAUGAGGAUGUUUAUGAACCGUGUGAUGAUUCUUUUGCAUUGGUUGAUGCUCUUCUAGCUGACCGCAAUAACCUGUUGAAGCACUGCCCUGAAUUGUGUAUGGAGAUAGGCUGUGGUAGUGGAUAUGUUAUUACUUCCCUGGCUCUUAUGCUUGGGCAGGAAGGUCUUGCUGUUAAUUAUAUUGCAACAGACAUCAACCCACAAGCAGUAAGAGUGACCCGGGAGACAAUGGAUGCACAUGGGGUUGAUGCUGAGUUGAUAAUCACAGAUAUAGCAUCAGGACUGGAGAAGCGUCUAGCAGGAUUGGUCGAUGUCAUUGUUGUGAACCCUCCAUAUGUGCCUACCCCUGAAGACGAAGUAGGUAUUGGGGGUAUUGCUGCUUCUUGGGCUGGUGGAGAGAAUGGCCGGAGUGUUAUUGAUAGGAUAUUGCCAGUUGCAGAUCAUCUUUUGUCAGAAAAGGGAUGGUUGUACAUGGUCACCCUCACAGCAAACAACCCCUCUGAGAUAUGCCUUUAUAUGAGGGAGAAGGGAUAUGCAUCAAGGAUUGUCAUUCAAAGGUCAACGGAGGAAGAAAGUCUCCAUAUCAUCAAGUUCUGGCGGGAUCUUGAUGCAGAAGAAGGUGAUAAUGAGAAGGUUUCAGCAGACAAAUCUGUUCCUGGUAGGCUCAUGGAUUAUGUGCUGACGCAACUUCCUUCCUUUUCAUUCUGGAGAAGCAGUGAUAGUGAUAAUAAAUGAUGACUCAGACGGUUAGUGUGUUUCAAAGAAGUGAUCUGACGAGCUUCUGGUUUUGUGCUUGCAAUUACAAAGAAUGAUAUGAUUCAGUUGGAAUCGAUUUGGAGCACAUGAUUAAAUUUAUCCAGGGAAAUCCCGAAUACUGCUGGUUGGAAAUGGCUUACUCAGGUUUCGACUUUAUUAUGGACAAAAUUUCAACGUGUACGUAAUUGAUCGCAUAAUUAGGCUUCUAAAACAAUGGAAAAAAGUGUCGCGCAUUUUACUGAGAA